AUGCUCAUAAAACCAACAACGUUGUCUGACAUUGACGACGCAUUGGAUGAGAGGAACACGGCGGUCAAGAAGGGAGCUGAGGAUGAUUUGAGGCCUAUUAUUAGAAAGGUAUGCUCCCUCAUUCCUUCGUAUCUGCAGUGUCAUUAUAAACAUCUGGUUUUGCGUCGUGAUAUGGCUUUCAAGAUCAAAAGCCUGAAUAAAACGCUGGAAUAUAUCACUAAGGAGAAACAUAAGUUAAAUUUUAGCAUGUUGAAGGGAAUUGAGGGGAAACUGGAACGAGAAAUGAAUCCCUCUUUUCUUGACCAGUUAAAGGUUUAUGGAAGAGAUGCAGAAAAGAAUAAAUUAUUAGAAUUAUUGUUGAGUGAGAGUAGUCAAGCACCGAGCCUCCCUGUCAUCUCCAUAGGUGGGUUGGGAGGGAUCGGAAAGACGAGUCUAGCUCGACUAGUGUUCAAUGAUACGGAGGUGAAAGCUCGUUUCAACAAAAGAACAUGGGUGUCUGCUUCUUAUCCUUGUGAAGAGAUUUGGAUUGCCAAAGCGAUUCUUAAAUCUCUAAGGGAAUAUGAUGCAUCAGAUCUGGUCGAAUUGGAAACUGUGUUACGGCAUAUUGGCCGAUUUAUUAGGGGGAAGAAAUUUCUUCUUGUCCUGGAUAACAUAAAAAUCGAAGGUCUCAAAUCAUGGGAACAUUUGAAUUAUUCUCUUAAGUGUGGUUGCCAAGGAAGUAGAAUUUUAGUGACUGCACGAGAGGAGAAUGCUGUAAAGAAGAGAGAGAAGACACGUGAGGAGAAUGCUGUAACGGAGAAAGGGAAGACACAUGAGGAGAAUGCUGUAAUGGAGAUAGAAACCACCUUCACAAUCACAUUAAGAACACUAACCAAGGAGGAUUAUUGGUCAUUAUUCUGUCAACUUGCAUUUCAUAAUAGAGAACAAUGUGAAAAUUUGGAAGAGAUUGGUAGAAACAUUGUGGACAAGUGCAACGGCUUGCCUAUAGCUGUAAAGAUUUUAGGAAGCCUUUUGAGCUUUAAAAGAAAUGUUGAAGAUUGGAAAAACGUUUUGCAUAGUGAGAUAUGGGAACUUGCAGAACAAAAAGGGCUUUUCCCACCUCUAUUGUUAAGCUAUUAUGAUUUGCCCAUCAUACUAAGAAAAUGCUUCUCAUAUUGCGCCAUUUUCCCAAAAAAUUAUGAGAUAGAGAAAAGUCGGUUGAUCAAGUUGUGGAUGUCCCAAAAUUAUCUUAAGGUAGAAGGAAGAGAAGAUAUGGAGUUAAUUGGAGAAGAAUACUUUGAAAACUUAGUGAUGCUCUCAUUUUUUCAAGAUUUUCAAAGAAACACUUAUAAUGGGAGCAUAAUAAGUUGCAAGAUGCAUGAUAUAGUAUAUGAUUUUGCUCAAUUUAUUGCAAAGAAUGAAUGUUUUAUCAUGGAGGUAAAUGAUUCUGCAAAGUCUAAAUCAGAGUCUUCUUAUGAAAAAGUUCCACAUUUAGUGAUAAUAUUUGAAAGAGAGGGCUCUUUUCCAGUCCCUGUUUAUAAUGUUAGAGAAUUGCGUAGCCUUGUGGUUGAGCCUAGAGGUGGUUUUAUGAGUGAUGUAGAUCUGGGAAAGUUAUCUGAUCGGUUAACAUGUCUAAGGACAUUAGAUUUGAGUAACCAUGAUAAUGUUUGGUAUGAUUUAAUUAAAGAAGUUCCCAAAGGGAUAAAAAAGUUUAUACAUUUGAGGUAUCUGAACUUGUCCAGGAAUAGAAAGAUAAAAGAUUUGCCUGAAACAUUGUGCGAGUUAUAUAAUUUACAAACCUUAGAGCUCCAUUUAUGUACCAAUCUCAAAAAUUUACCUCAAGGGAUAGGAAAGUUAAUCAACCUUAGACAUUUGGUGAAUGAUGAAACUUCAAUAAGUUGCAUGCCAAAAGGAGUCAGGAGAUUAUCUAGUCUUCGAACCUUAAGCGAGUUCAUUGUGACUCAUUGUGGUGAUGUUAGCAAAGCAUGUAGCCUUGAGUAUUUGGAAAACUUAAAUCAUCUUCGAUCUCUUGGCAUAAAGAAGUUGGGAAAUUUGACAGAUGGAACAGAGGCUGAGAAAGCUAAACUGAAGAAUAAGAAAAAUCUCCUUGAUUUGCAUCUAAAUUUCCAAGAGGAUCAAGUAAGGCUACAGAAGGAUGAAGAAAAGGCUGGGACAAAUAAUGCUGAUGAGAAAGCUCUUGAAAGCUUGCAACCACCUCCAAAUGUAGAGAAAGUAGAGAUAUCUUACUACAGAGGUAAAGUCAUUUUCUCCACUUGGGUUAUGUCAUUAACUAAGUUGAGGUUGAUGUCAUUAGAUCAUUGCAAGAACCUUGAGGAUUUGCCUUCUUUUGGAAGAUUACCAUCUCUUGAAUCACUCAUUAUACGAAGUGCGAUGAAAGUGAAACAAGUAGGAGAUAAUUUUUUGGGACUAGAUGGCCAUGACAUAGCGUCAUCUUCAUCAAUCGUUGCCUUCCCCAAAUUAAAAUAUCUCGAAUUUCAGAAAAUGAAAGAAUGGGAGGAGUGGAAGGAGAAAAAGGAUGCCAAAAUUAUGCCAAGUCUUUGUUUCUUGACUAUUGGAUUCUGCCCCAACUUGAAGAGACUGCCCGACUUCAUUUCUCAGGAACCCAGUCAGCUGGAAUUGAAGAUUAUCUCAUGCAAAACUCUGAAACAGAGUUAUGAUAGAAAGGAAGAACGAGAAAACUGGCGCAUGAUCCCAAACAUCAAGUUUGAUCAUGAAUAA